AUUUGGUCGUAUGAGUGCAUAUGCUCCCGAAGGACUUGGUUUUCAUUGUGGUCUCGAUUGGUUUGAUCGAUCAUUAGCUGGACGUAUUUAUUUUUUUCUUUUAUUUGUUGAUGUCUUUUUUAUACCGAUUAUAAUUGUUAUUUAUGUUAAUGUAUACAUUCAACAUACUGUUUAUCGUUUAACGCAUUUGAAACCAUCUAUUUUACUUGAACUUCGAACAGAUUCAAAUGAAAAUAGUUUACGACGACAUGUUUCAGAAACAUUAAAUGAAAAAGAAACUCGACGUUUACUUCGUUUAUAUGAAGAUCGUCGUUUUGUUUUAGCUACUAGUAUAAGUGUAAUUAUUUAUAUGAUUGCUUGGGCACCAUAUAGUAUUGUAGCACUUGCACAAGUAUUUGGUGAUCAAUUUUCUUUAUAUAAUCCAUGGUUAAUGACAACUUGUGCAGUUUUAGCUAAACUUUCAAUGAUUACAAAUCCGAUUAUUUAUGGAAUUCUACUUAAAGGUCGUAUCAUGAUGACAUUAACGUUAAAUAUGAAAUAA